UCCCCUCAGCAACGGCGGCGCCUCCACCCGCCAUGGCGGCGAGGCCCCCGGCCCGUCCCCAGCCCCCGCACUGCUCUCACAUCCAGAGACGCCGGGAAUUCACCGGCUGCGGGCCGCACGAUGUGGCGCUGAUAGCCAAGCCCUCCAAGAGGGACCUCAGAGAAGAGGCGAUUUUGGCCGACAGGGUGCGGGAGGAGGAGCAGCGUGAGCAGGAGCGCAGCCUGCGGGUCUUCCUCCACUACCGCAAGGUCUGCGACUGGCAGAAGGGCGGCGAGGAGAAAUGGAAACACCACGCCGUGGAGAGGAAGGUCCGGGCCACCGUGCAGCAGUACCUGCAGGAGGUCGAUGUGAGAAGGCAGAGGCUUCGUGACUUUCUGGAGGCAGAGGAAAAUAGGUACUUCGCUGAGGCAGAGGCACUUGAUGAAGAAAAGGCACUGGACAGAGAAAUAAAGAUGAAAGAGCAAGCAAAAUUACUGAGGGAGAAGAGGGAGCAAGAAAGACUACGAGUGGUGGCUGAAAAACGAGAGCAACAGUUCAGAGACCGAUGUGAGGAAUAUCGCGUUCACUGUAAAAAAGUGAGCGAGAAGGAACUGGGCGACUGCCAGCUGGCCCAGCAGACUCUGAAGGCGAUACUGAGAAAGGAAGAGGAGAUGCAGGAGCGGAAGUUGGAAGAGAUUUGUGAGAAGGAGCAGUUGGCUAAGGAUGAGAAAGCGGAGCUGAAGGCGCAGGAGGUGGCAGCGCGGAUCCAGGAAAUGGUGAGCGUGCGCGAAGCCCAGCUGGCCGUGCACGCCGCUCGCAGAGAGGAGAAGAAGCAGCAGAUCAGAAAGGAGGCUGAAUGGCUGGAAGAAGAGCUGCACCAGCUUAGGAAAGAAAAUGAAGAACUUGAGAGGAAGAAGCGGUAUCAGCAGAAGGAGUGCAGGGACAUAUUGCUCAAAGCAGUGCAGGACAAGGAGAAGCUUCUUGAUGAGGAAAAAAAAGCUCAACUUGCCAUAGAGAAGAUGAUCUUGGAAAGAAAUUUUCAGGACUGUGAGAGGGAACAUGUGGACAUAACAAAAAAAAAGCAAGCGCUGUUGAAGGAGCAACUUAGCUACCUGGAUCAUCUGGCUGAGCAGCUGAGGAGGGAGAAGGAGCAAGAAAAAGAAGACGAGAAGGUCUUCAAGGAAGAGAGGGAUCAGAUUUGGGCCGACAAGGUUGAGAGAAUGAAACAAGAGCGGGAGGCUCGAUUUCAGCUGCUGAGAGAUGUCGUGGACAUAAGACAGGCACAGAUGGAGGAGAAGUUGCAGAAAAAAGAAGAAAGGAAAAUAGAGAUUGCUGAAGAGAAGAGGGCAAUGGCUUUAGCAGUCAGAGAAUUCGAACAAGAAGAAGAAUUAAAACGUAUAAGAAAAAUGCAGAAGGCCAAAGAAUACAGAGACCAGCUCGCAACUCAAAUUGCCUACCAACAGCGUCUCCAAAGAGCUGAGGAAGAGAAGAGGAAGAAAGAACAUGAGUUAAAUACAGAACAAGAGAGACAGUAUGAAGAAAAGCUACAGUUCAUUCUGUCAAUGCCCAGUGAGUCCAUAAUUAAGCUCCCCGCUACAAAAAAAGCACUAAUGCUUGACUCUUAAGGGCAUCACUCACUCUGGUAUUUUAGCUCCCUCAGUUGCCUUUAAAAACAUUUAAAAAACAUUUUAAAAACAUUGCGGAUCGUGACAGAUGCUUACACUUCACUUGAGUUGGAAGAACUCUCUCCACUUUGACACUCAAACAUUUAAUUCAAAAUUACAAGAAACAUAAUAUUUUAAAGUUUAUUUUUCCCCCAUGGACUUUUUUUUUGACAAAUCUGAUAGAAUCCAAAGUGCUUGACAUUUUAAUUCAAGAAAAACAUCUGCCGUCUACAAUAUAAAAGUGUAUUAUUAUGACAUGAAUUUUAAAUCUGCACAAAGAAAAUUUGUAGAAAACUUCCAGCAAACCUUUAUUAAAAUGCCUUUCAAACUGGAAAUAUUUGCAAAAUUCUUUUAUUUGUAUUUAGAUACCAAGUAUAAAACUCUGGAUGUAUUUUAUUGUGGGG